CGACAAGACCCCAACUUUGAUCUUUAAUUUAGAGGGACCCCUUCCUCCUCCAAUAACUCUCAAAUUCAAAUUCAAAUCUUUUUCUCUUUUAGAAAAAACAAAAGAAUUAAUAUGGAUUCAAACAUGGCCUCUUUUGAUCUCAAUUUCUUUCUCAUUGAUCACUUCACCGCCGCUAAUCACUCUUCUUAAUUCUCUUUAAAAUACACUCACCCCCACAUAAAUUUCCCCUCAAAAUUCCUAAUAUUUUCUUCAUCAUGAGCAUCAAUUGUUCUACCACCAAAAAUUGAUCAUAAUUCUAGCUUGGAUCCAUCUUUUCUCAAUGGGGUCAGCAGCUUCCUCAAUGGCGGCCAAGUUUGCAUUCUUCCCACCCGAUCCCCCAUCUUACAGUGUGUACCUCGACGAGGAGGAGGUGGGGAAAUUGAGGAUGUCGAAUGUGGAGGAGAGAGAAAAUGUGGAUGUGUUGAAGGUGAAGACAAGGAGAGGGAAUGAGAUUGUGGGAAUGUAUGUGAAGAAUAACUCUUCUUGUUGUUCUUCAUUGACAAUGCUUUAUUCUCAUGGAAAUGCUGCAGAUCUUGGCCAGAUUUAUCAACUUCUCUUUCAACUUAGUCUUCAUUUGGGUGUCAACAUUAUGGGGUAUGAUUAUUCUGGGUAUGGACAGUCGUCUGGAAAGGCAAGUGAAGAAGACACGUAUGCGGACAUAGAAGCAGCGUACAAAUGCUUACAAGAAACGUACGGAGUAAAAGAAGAGGAAAUCAUUCUGUACGGACAAUCAGUGGGUAGUGGCCCCACUUUAGAACUUGCCACACGGCUGCCGGCGGCCACAGCCGUCGUCCUCCACUCCCCUAUUCUCUCCGGCCUCCGUGUUCUCUACCCUCCUCUCAGAAAAACUUUCUGGUUUGACAUUUACAAGAACAUUGACAAGAUUCCACUCAUUGAUUGUCCAGUUUUAGUGAUUCAUGGAACUGAGGAUGAGGUUGUGGAUUGUUCCCAUGGAAGGCAACUGUGGGAGUUGUGCAAAGACAAGUAUGAACCUUUGUGGCUGAAAGGAGGGAACCAUUGUGACUUGGAACUUUUUCCACAAUACUUAACUCAUCUUCGUAACUUCAUUUCUGCUGUACAAAAACUACAUCGUCCUCUAAAAAACAACAACCAUAAACAACGUCUCAUUAAUAAUCCACACCAAAUUGAUCAAAGAACUCCCAGUUCUAGAGUUAGCAAUAGUAGUAGUAGUAGCAGUCGUUUUGAGAAAUCAAGACGUCCAAGCAUUGAUUACAAGCUCAAGGAGGUCAACAUCGACAAGUCGAGGAACAGCACGGAUCGGUUGUUGAAGUCGAGAAACAACUCAGAAAAACCGAGAAAUAGCUUUGAUCGGUUGGGAGAUAUAGUUAGGUCAAUUGGAUUGUGCAACGUCGUAGAUUGUUUGAAGCAUCCAACGGCACAAACAUGAGAUAUGUGAAGACGAAAAUGUAAAUGUUCUUUCAUUUUCAUUUGUUGUUUGGAUUCAUGUAUAUUUCUAAUAGCUUUUUUGUCUUAAUUAAGAUGUCUAUUGGGUCAAUUUUCCUAAUUAAUAAACAUCAAAUAAGAAGAAAAACAUCACUUUCGUUAAAUGUUAGUACAUUUUUUAUUGUAUCAAUU